AUGGCCAUGACUUCACGACCAUCGCCAACAGCAACAACCAUCGUCACCUUCAGAGAGCUAAUCCGGAGGCUGACCGGUUCGUCCACUGACUCGGAGGAGCUCCCCGUCAACCCCACUUCAAAACUCUUCCUUAAAGCCUUCCCUCACGGUGGGCUCACCGGUCCCCGCCGGUCACCCUACACGAAUCAAGGCACAGCCGGAAUGAGAAAGCUUGAACCGGACACACCGGUUCAGACCCCUCCGAGUAGCACAACGGCAAUGGAGACUCCCCGUCCGAUCGUUGUGCGUGAUGUUUGGCAAGACAACCUCGAACAAGAAUUCUCUGAAAUCGGCCGAGCUCUCCACCAUCAUCGUUUCGUCGCCUUGGACACUGAGUUCCCAGGCCACGUCUUCCCUGCUCCCUGCCGCAAUCACUCUAAACUGUCUCCCGCUGAGAAUUACCUAUCCAUGAAGCGCAACGUUGAUGCAACUAAGAUUAUUCAACUGGGUUUGGCUCUGUGCGAUGCAAACGGGGAUUCUUGCCUUGUGUGGCAGUUCAAUUUUAGGGACUUCAACAAGGAGACUGAUCUUCUCAAUCCGGACUCUAUUGCGUUACUGGAGCGGCAGGGAAUUGACUUCCAAAAAAAUCGAGAAAUGGGUAUAAACUCUGUGGAUUUUGCGAGGCUAAUCAUAAAUUCUGGUCUCUUAAGAAAUCCGACCAUCACUUGGGCAACUUUCCACGGAGCUUAUGAUUUUGGAUACUUGAUCAAAAUCUUGAUCGGGCGAGAACUGCCGUUUGAUCUGAUGAAGUUUAUGGGUCUAGUGGUACAUUUAUUUGGGUACAGGGUAUUUGAUAUUAAAAAUAUAAUCAGAAUGUGUGAUGGACUGUAUGGAGGGGUGGAGAAGGUAGCCAAGGCUUUAGGGGUGGAUCGGGUUGCUGGGUCGUGUCACCAAGCUGGGUCUGACAGUCUGUUAACGUUGCAGACCAUAAUGAAACUGAAAAAUGUACAUUUCUUUGGAAAAUUUUUUAUUGAGUUUCAGUUGAUUCUUUACGGCUUGGAAGUUGACACUAGACUCUUGACUGCACCAAAGUUUCCUAAGAUUAUUUACGUUAUGCAUCCUGAAAAUUGUUGUCUAAGCAUUCCUUACUCCAGGCAACCCAUAAACUGUGGUCCAAGAGUGUUUCAAGGGAGUUAUGGUGGAUAUUAUGUAUGA